AUGAGCUGGUUAUGGGGUAAGAAGAAGAAAGAGCCAACAGUUAAUGCUCAAACUGCUGGUGAAAAAAAUGCUGAAACCAUUGAAAUGAUGAACAAGAAGAUCGAACAACUUGACAGACAAGCAGAAAAUAUGGCAAAGGAAGCUAAGGCUGCUAUGGCAAAGAAGAACAAGAAGAAAGCCCUUGAAUGCAUGAAGAGGAAGAAAAUGUACGAAAAUCAGUCUACAAAGUUUUCUCAAAUGAGAGACAACCUUGAAGCCCAGGUUAUUACACUUCAGCAGGCCAAGUUCUCUGCUCAGGCUUUCAACCAAUAUGCUAUGAACACAAAGGCCAUCAAGACAGAGCUCGCCGGCUUCGAUGCAGACAAGAUCGAUGAAAUCCGUGAAGAGAAUGAAGAAGUUACAGAUCAGUUGAAUGAAAUGACUGAUAUCUUAGCUCAGCCAGGUGCCGAUGCUGCUGAUCCUGAUGAGCUUGAAGAUGAACUUAACCAAUUAAUGGAAGAGGGAGAUGAAGUCGAGGAGCCCGGUGAAGCUGAGCCAGCUGCUCGCGGUAAGCCAGCCAAGGAAGCUGAGGACGAAGAUGCAGAAGCUAUCAUGGCUCAGUUCGGUGGUAUCUAA